AUGACCAGCCAAGUAGCCAAGCCUAGAAGUAUGACGGCCGGUGCACGUAAUGUGCUUCGAUCCAACGAUUCCGCCAGUUUGUGGAAUUGUACCCUGUCACCAGGUUGGACACAAGAUGAAUCCGAAAUUCUACGUAAAGCGCUCAUCAAGUUUGGUAUUGGCAACUGGGCGAAAAUCAUUGAAAGCGGAUGUUUGCCUGGUAAAACCAAUGCACAGAUGAAUCUCCAAUUGCAACGAUUACUUGGCCAACAGAGUACAGCAGAAUUUGCCGGGUUACAUAUCGAUCCCAAAGUGAUUGGUGUACGAAACUCAAAGAUUCAAGGCCCUCACAUCAAACGAAAGAACAACUGUAUUGUCAACACGGGCGGCAAAUUAUCUCGAGAAGAACUUCGAAAACGAUUGAUCAAAAAUAAGGAAACAUACGAACUGCCGGAAUCGGAAUGGAAACAUAUCGAGUUGCCAAAGACCGAAGAUCCUUUACUGCUGCUUGAAUCUAAACGAGAAGAUUUGCGUCGAUUAAGGAAAGAAUUGGAAAACGUACAAGAAAAGAUUCAAAAGAUGCGCACAGUGCAACCGGAUCGUAUGGAGAAACUAAAGACGGAGGUAACAGAAUCACCGUCUCCGGCACGGUCGGCGACCCCGGUGAAGGAGGAGGAUGAGGAUAUGGAAGACUUGGUGGAAGACGAGGAGGUUAUUAAUACCGCCACUUCUUCUCCUGCCGUCCCCAAUACGGACGAAGAUUUGGCCAUGGCCAUUGCGCUACAAAAUGAGGAGGACAGUGUCGGUCUCGGUCUCCCAGAACCCUCCCUGGAUGACGAGACAGAUGAUGAUGAUGAUGGUGAAUAUCAAGUCAAAAAGAGAAAAAUCACUAAAUCCUCGAGAAACAGUAGCAAAUAA